UCUAGCAAUACCGAUGCCAGUCUACUCAUUCGUAGACACCUCCGAACCGUGAUUCCAAGUAGGUAGAGCCCCCUCCGAGUCCGAAAGAGCUGGACGGGGCAGGCAGGAACACGAGACAAACCACGCUACGCAAGAUGCGCCCAAACCCUCGCGCGGUCCUCCGCGCCGCCGCCGCCGCCGCCCUCCUCCGCCCGGCCGCAGGCACCGGCCCCGACGCGGCGGCCUGCCAAGCCCUACCCAGGGCGACGCCCGCGCCCGCGCCCGCGCCCGCGCUUGCGGAGUGGCGACCCCUCCCGGCGGCGGCGCUCCCGGCCAGCGGCAGCCGCCGCGCCUUCUCCUCCUCCUCCUCGGCGGCGGACUACGGCAAGGACGUGGACGAGGUGAACCGCAAGUUCGCGGAGGCGCGGGAGGAGAUUGAGGCGGCCAUGGAGAGCAAGGAGACGGUCUACUUCGACGAGGAGGCGUCCGUCGCGCGCGACGCCGCCAACGAAGCGCUCGCCGCGUUCGACGCGCUCCUGGCGCGCCUCCCGCCCGCCGACGCCGACGCGGUCCGCCGCUCCAUGGGGCUCAAGAUGGAGCAGCUCAAGGCCGAGCUCAAGCAGCUCGAGGACUAGGCUGCCGUGAGGUUUGGAUUUUGGGAGGAAAUUUGGGCGGAAUGUUGUUCUACACAUGAUCUUUUGAAAUUGAGAUUCCUAGGUGUUUCGAUUGGUGAAUAAUGUAGCCCAAUGAUCUGUGGCAAUGCCGUUGUGUUCUUUCUUCUGGUGGUAGAUCCGGAGCUAAUAUGUCCUUUGUCCUGUGUGAUUGGUUUAGCAUCUGUUUGAAUUGGCCACCUUUGAGGCGUUCCAUUUUUAUACUAAUUAGGAGAAGCUAAAGUAGAAUUGUGUUCCUGUGUUA